AGCAGCGGGGAAUUUCAAACGUGUUUGCGGAGUAGGCCUUGGAUUCCAUCUUUUCUUCUCUUUUCAGCUUUCUGGCGGUGCGUUCAGCCUCGGAAGUGCACAACACAAGUGUGGCGGUGGCGGCGUACACACAGGCUGUUUGGCCGCGUGGGUGAAAUGGAGGCUGAGGAUUUAAGUGGCAAAGAAUUGACAAUUGAUUCAAUAAUCAACAAAGUGAGAGAUUUUAAAAAUAAAUUUAAAAAUGAAGACCUUACGGAUGAGCUAAGCUUGAAUAAAGUCCCUUCAGAUUCCACAGAUAAUUCAGGAACUGUUAACCAAAUUAUGAUGAUGGCGAACAACCCAGAGGACUGGUUGAAUUUGUUGCUCAAACUAGAGAAAAAUAGUGUCCCCCUAAAUGACGCCCUUUUAAAUAAAUUGAUUGGUCGUUACAGUCAAGCAAUUGAAGCACUUCCUCCAGAUAAAUAUGGCCAAAAUGAGAGUUUUGCUCGAAUUCAAGUGAGAUUUGCUGAAUUAAAAGCUAUUCAAGAGCCGGAUGAUGCACGUGACUACUUUCAGAUGGCCAGAGCAAACUGCAAGAAGUUCGCUUUUGUGCAUAUAUCUUUUGCACAGUUUGAACUAUCACAAGGUAAUUUCAAAAAAAGUAAACAACUUCUUCAAAAAGCUGUAGAAUGUGGAGCAGUCCCACUACAAAUGCUGGAAAUUGCCAUUCAGAAUUUAAACCUCCAAAAAAAGCAGCUGCUUUCAGAGGAGGAAAAAAAGAGUUUAUCAGCUACAGUUUUAAGUACCCAGGAAUCGUUCCCCAGUUCACUUGGACAUUUACGGAGCAGGAACAUCAGCUGUGAUUCCAGAGGACAGACCGCGAAGGCCGGGUUUCCGUAUGGAGAGAAUGUGCCCCCUCAAGAUGCAGACAUAAGUCAUCGAAAUCCCUUAAAACAAACAAACAAAGCUAAACGGUCAUGCCCAUUUGGAAGAGUCCCAGUUAACCUUCUCAAUAGCCCGGAUUGUCAUGAGGAGACUGACGGUCCACUUGUACCAAGUUUUACAAAAAGACGGACUUCUAGAACAGAAUGCCGAGAAGUGGUUGUGCCUGAAUCUAAACCGAGUGGAAAUGAUUCCUCUGAAUUGAGAAAUUUAAAGUCUAUUCAAAAUAUCCACUCCAAGGAACCUCUGGUGUCAGAUGAGAAAAGUUCAGAAGUUAUUACUGAUUCAGUAACUGUGAAGAAUAAAAUUGAAUCAAGUUUUCUAAGAAAAUUAGAAGAAGAACCUAAAGAAGAUCAAGAACCAAAGGUUCCAGAAAGUAACCAGAAACAAUGGCAAUCUAAGAAAAGGUCAAAAUGUGCAAGCCAGAACCCUGCUGCUUCUUCAGAUCAAUGGCAGAUUCCAGAGAUAACCCGAAAAGCUGAUACAGAGAAACAAACCACCUUUGAGCAACCUGCCUGUUUAGUUUCAAAGCAGUCACCGCCUUUGUCAGUACCAAAAUGGAUUGACCGAAAAUCUGCUUGUGAAACACCCAGCAGCAGGGCUUUAGAAGAUUACAUGAGCUGCUUUAGGACUCCAGUUAUGAAAAACGACUUUCCACCAGCUUGUCAGUUGUCAACACCUUACGGACAGCCUGCCUACUUCCAGCAGCAGCCGCAGCAGCCGCAGCAGCCGCAGCCGCUGCAGCCGCAAAUACCCAUUACUCCACUUCAGAACUUACAGAUUUCCUCAUCCUCUUCAACAAGUGAAUGCAUUUUAGUUAAAGGAAGAAUUUACUCCAUUUUGAAGCAGAUAGGAAGUGGAGGUUCAAGUAAGGUGUUUCAAGUGUUGAAUGAAAAGAAACAGAUACAUGCUAUAAAGUAUGUUAACUUAGAAGAAGCAGAUAGCCAGACAGUUGAGAGUUACCGGAAUGAAAUUGCUUAUUUGAAUAAACUACAACAACACAGUGAUAAGAUCAUUCGACUCUAUGAUUAUGAAAUCACAGACCACUACAUUUACAUGGUAAUGGAGUGUGGGAAUAUUGAUCUUAAUAGUUGGCUUAAAAAGAAAAAAUCCAUUGACCCAUGGGAACGCAAGAGUUACUGGAAAAAUAUGUUGGAGGCAGUUCACACGAUUCAUCAACAUGGUAUUGUUCACAGUGAUCUGAAACCCGCUAAUUUUCUAAUAGUUGAUGGAAUGCUAAAGCUAAUUGAUUUUGGGAUUGCAAACCAACUGCAACCAGAUACAACAAGUAUUAUUAAGGAUUCCCAGGUUGGUACAGUUAAUUAUAUGCCACCAGAAGCAAUCAAAGAUAUGUCUUCCUCCAGAGAGAAUGGGAAAUCCAAAUCAAAGAUAAGCCCUAAAAGUGAUGUUUGGUCCUUAGGAUGCAUUUUGUACUAUAUGACUUAUGGAAAAACACCAUUUCAGCACAUAAUUAAUCAGAUUUCUAAAUUACAUGCCAUAAUUGACCCUAAUCAUGAAAUCGAAUUUCCUGAAAUUCCAGAGAAGGACCUUCAAGAUGUGUUAAAGUGUUGUUUAAUAAGGGACCCUAGACGAAGGAUUUCCAUUGCUGAGCUUCUGGCACACCCAUAUGUUCAUAUUCAAACUCAACCAGGUCACCAUAAGGGAACCUCUGAAGAAAUGAAACAUGUUCUGGGCCAACUUGUUGGUCUGAAUUCUCCUAACUCCAUUUUGAAAGCUGCUAAAACUUUGUAUGAGCACUAUAGUAGUGAUGAAGGUCAUGAUUCCUCUUCAUCAUCCAAGACUUUUGAAAAAAGAUGAGGAGAAAAAUGAUUUGGAGCUACUCAGGAACUUUCAAAUAUCACCUGUAAGAUAUAUUGGACUGCUCUGGCCUUGAUUCUGUGGAAAUCUACUCUUGGAGGCUGGGAGACCGGUGGGAAGGUCAUUGGUAGAAAAAUUCAGUGGAUUAUCCUAAAAAAAAAACAAAACCUAAAAAUAAUAACCACUGAUGCAUUGUGUAUAUUAUUGUCACUUAUGCUUCCCUGUCUUUUUGCACUUGAAACAGUGGGUGGAAAACUGAAGUGUAUUCUGAAGACCUAUGUAAAUAAAACUUGGUAGCACAACAUGACACUAAAAUGUUUAAGCUGUAAAAUUAUUUUCUUCUAAUAUAUUGGUGUUGUAGCAAAAUUCUUAAUAAAAUUGGAUUAAGAAUGGAA